AUGAACCGUGUUCCUAUAUGUUACUACUACCAAGCCGGCUCUUGCCGUAACGGUGAUACUUGCCCUUAUGCUCAUCCGACCGUGAGAUGUCGUUCGUUCACUUCAACCGGUUGGUGUCCUUACGGAUACAAUUGCCAUUUCUGGCAUGAUCACUCGGUCAAACCACCGACUCCCAAUCCAGUUCGAAAACCAUGCCAAUUUUUCCUGAAUAAUCAGUGCAAAUAUGGUGAUCGUUGCACUUUUUCACAUGAUUUGGAAACCGAGGACAAGAAGCAGCGUACCUACAUGGAAUUCCGCUGUGAACAAAAACCUGCACGAGUAACUCUUGCUAACCAAGGGGACUCGACUAACCGACCUGCUCGUCCAGCUUUUAUUCGGCCACGCAAUUCGGCUAGUGGAGUUCCUUUGGACGGGGUUACAAAAUCUGAAGUAUGCCGGUUACAGCAUUUGGAGGUGGAACGAUUCCUGAAAAGCUUUCCCUCGGAAGAGUUGCGCGAAAUGCAGUCUUUUGAUGGGGGACGAGUUUUCCAUCUCAAAUUUUCCUCAUCUGAUCCGGACUGGGCUUACGAUGUCCGUGAAGUGGUUCUUAACAUUCAAAUGGACAAAAUGUACCCGGUUGAACCCCUGCAAGUAACCGUAUUGGAUAAGGAUCAUCUGCCGGGUGUUUUAGUUGAACAUCUAAACAUGGCAAUGGGCUCUUGGAUUCGGUACAAGCAUCAACAGUUUACUCGUAUGAAUCGAGUCGAACUGUACAUGCGUUCCUUUUUCCAAUGGCUAGAUCGUAAUUUAGAAAAUUUAUUCACCCAAGGAUUGCGUAAAUAUAAAGCCCAAUUGGCGGGUCAAAUGCCGAACUCGACCGGACUUACGUCGUCCGAUUCGGCGGAUAAAUCCAUGACGCGAUCAGAUUCGCCUCUAAUCGCACCAGGGGAAAUCUCAAGUCCAGGUGUAGUGAAAUUAGUACCAUCGCCACAGACAAUCGAGGCUCAAUCUGCGAAUGGUUCCACAGAUGAGCUAAAGGAUUCCUCUUCGGAUUCCAUCAAAUUUAAUUCCACAGUUCCGUUUUCCACAACCCAUAAAGACAAUGCAGGUCAAAAUGAAAACAGUGAUAAUGAUGAUGAUCCUGAUGAUAAUGAUGAUAAUAGUUUUGAUGAGAGUGGUGGGGCAGACGAAAGGGAAGCCAACUCCUCGUAUGAGGAUUAUGACGUUGGUGAGUGGAUUGAUCCGGUUACUCAGAAGGAAUCGAAUAAAGACGAAUCGGCAGAAGUAUCGGCCGCACAACCACAAGCUUCUGAAUCGAAAACCGACGAUCCGGUGACUACCAAACCCGUUCCGGUUAAUGGACCAACUCAGUCACUGUAUCUGACCGAUUUACGCCUGUGUGGUAAAGCCGGGACCCUUACCCCGUGCCGUUUCACGUGCAUCCUACACUGCACGCGAUGUCGUUUACCUUUCAACUGGUGCUUCAAUUUUCCCGGUCAUACGACCGUGACGAACAACCCGGACGAUUCCCGUUUACGUUCUCUGCCCCCGCACCAUGUGAGCUGCGCUCGGUGUAAACAUCCCAUGGAAUUGGUGUUCCACGGAGUUGUUGCACACGCUUUCGAAAACCGAAUCGGUACACUUCAUUUGGCCGGAUGUGUGGCCGACGAUGUGCCACCGAAACAGUCUACGAUCGCUGUGUUUUGUACUGGGUGCAAUAAAACUAUCAAAUUCAAUGUAAGUUCCACAAUUUGUACAUGUUAG